AUGAAGUAUCUCCACACAAUGGUGCGCGUUACCGACAUUGACGCCUCGCUGAAUUUUUACUGCAAUGCCCUGGGCCUGGAAGAACUGCGCCGCUACGACAGUGAGCAGGGCCGUUUUACCCUGGUCUUUCUGGCGGCACCCGGCGACAGCUCAGCCCAGGUAGAAUUAACCUACAACUGGGAUCCGGAAACAUUAUCCGGCGGUCGUAACUUUGGCCACCUUGCCUACGCAGUUGAUGAUAUUUACGCCACCUGCCAACGUCUGGCAGAUCAUGGUGUCAUCAUCAAUCGGCCACCGCGCGAUGGGCACAUGGCAUUUGUACGCUCGCCAGACGGCGUUUCGGUUGAGUUGCUGCAAAAGGGUGAAGCCCUGGUUGGGGCUGAACUUGAACUCGAAGAUAUCGAUCUGAUGGCAGGUGCAAAUCGACAACCUGAAUUCCUGAAAAUCAACCCUGCGGGACAACUCCCCUGCCUGCAACUUGAUGACGGCACCCUGAUUGCAGAAAUCACUGCGAUCUGUGAAUACCUCGAUGAAGUGUCAGAUGGACCCUCUCUGAUGGGCGAAACCGCCGAGGAGCGCGCAGCAACACGCAUGUGGACUCGCCGAGUAGAUCUGAAUAUCUGUGAACCCCUGGCAAACGGCUUCCGCUACUCAGAAGGCAUGCCUAUUUUUCAGGAAAGAAUGAUCACCAUUCCCGCUGCAGCAGAUAGCCUGAAGCAGAUUGCCCGCGAAAAAACCGCCUGGCUGGACGGCUUGAUGACAGAUGGCCGCAGCUUUAUUGGCGGCGAAAAGGUUUCCCUGGCAGACGUGCUGCUGUACUGCAUGCUGACAUUCGGUAAUGCUGUGGGGCAGCCUUUUGACCAGAAUCUCAGCCAUAUCAAAGCCUGGUACGAUCGCAUGGCAGCAAGACCCAGCGCGGCAGCCUGA